AUGACGUCCAUAUACGAUAAAAAAAGCAUGUCUCGCGCUAACUCUCCUGCUGACAGCUGGAAAUUGCUGAGUAAUGUGGAGAUGACGUCCACUCCGGAGGUUUCGCCGGUAUCAUGGCCGCAAUGGGUGGAAACACCCACGUCACCGAAUCCAGUGCCCAAUGAAACGGCCAGGAGCAACGUCGGUUGGAUGAAAAUGCGGACACUGUUACUUGCGCGGAUGAAAAUGCAAAAAUUCAGCAAGUGGAGUGCAAAAUCGCUUAGAGUGCCAGUUAGAGGCGACGCAGCGCCAGCUGACUGA